AUGGGUCCACCUGUUCUCUGGAACCUAUGGAAGAACGGCUCUGUUAUGGAUGUUCGGAAGUGUGCUGAUGUUCAUGCCCACUGUCUGGUCACUAUCUCUGAUGAUCACUUCCAGACGUGCUGUGAAGACCAUCGUGGAGAUGCUACGACAACAUUAAUGAUUCUUGUGAUGGGUAACAGUCGGAGUUUUGGCAUUUUUUUCAUUGAGAUUCUGCAAAUGUUCAAUGCAUCUUCAUCGGCCAUAUCAACAAUUCUGAGCGCUGAACAUGUAGCAAGUUGUUUAACAGGAUUUCUAGCGAUGAACUUUCUGGCCAAAUUCAUUUCAUUCAGAACAUUUGUCCUCUGUGGUUCUGUUCUGAGUGCGCUGACUUUUAUCUGUGAUUUUCUUACCAAAAAUGUAUUUUGGCUGCCCUUCUUUCAUAUAUUUAACGGAACUGGACGUGCUUUUGUAUAUGGAUCUUGCAUAGUUGUACAAAGUACCUACUUUAAACGCUACCUUGGCACAGCAAAUGCAAUAGCUGCUUGUGGAGUUAGCGUCGGACAAUUCGUCCUUCCGUAUGUACUCAACUACCUUAUAAUAACCUACGGAGUCCGCGGAGCUCUUCUUCUGAAUGCUGGUAUUUAUCUACAAUGCCUUGUUUUUGGCGCCCUUCUACGUCCCAUCAGUUGCUACGAUACAACAACACAUUUGAAAGUCAUCAGUUCUACUGAUAUAGAACUAAAAGAAAAAAAUACGACUGUUAAAGGAGGAAAACAAACCGAAUCGAUAAAACAACAAUCAGACGAUGACGGAGAAAUCUCUCCGUUUUUGACAGACUCAAAAGACAGAGAUGGCUGUGGAAAUAUUAACUUACAAUCAGUUGAACCAAGCAACCCGACUCUUGUAGUUAACGCAAGACCUAAUGGAAAAGACUGUGACAAAACUCAUUCGGUCGACUUAGGAUUGUCUUCUUACGAUGGAAUUCUUUUUCUAACAAUUUCUGGUGCAGGCGAUUUUGUGGGUCGUCUGCUCAUGGUUUUCUUGGCUGAUCGAAAGUUUUUGAACCGAGGUCGACUGCUUGGCGUUAUCCUCAUCAUUCAUGGAGUUGCUGCUUGCUUUGUAUCAUUCUAUACCAAAUUCUUUCUGUUCGCAAUGUAUUGCGCCUGUUAUGGAAUCUCCAGUGGUAUAUAUUUUUCCAUCUCGAACACAGUCAUGGUGGAUUUUAUUGGAGCUCAAAGAAUCUCGGAGGCAGUCGGUUUGGUAAUAUUAGGCGCAGGGAUAUUGGCAACCAUAGCAUAUCCUUUUGCAGGUUAUCUUCGUGACGUCACUGGUUCAUACAACCCCGAAUUCAUUUUGAACGGUGUCGGUCUUCUCUUGAGCGGUACCUUGUUCCUCUCGGAGGCCUUUAUACCAUACCAGAAACAUUGAUGGAAGAGUUGUGACUGUUGUCAUCAGCAUGGUCGACAUCAUUGCGAAAUAAGACGAUAUGGCGUGGCUGAUCGGACACUAACGAUUUGCCGUGACUGACUGGACAUUGAACCCGUUUUGGCGACGGUACUUUUUGGCACUGGUGACAAAGGCACGCCACCGCACGUGUGCGCAGAAAUUUACACACAGAGACAGUGAGAGAAAGGGGGAGAGACAUGACAGUGUAUUACUUGAGCAUUAUUGACACAAAUACUUUCCCUCUCCUCAUACACAUAGAGAAAACUAUACUCACAGAGAAAGAGAGAGAGAGAGAGAGACAGAGAGAGAGAGAGAGAGAGACAGAGAGAGAGAGACAGGGAGAAACAGAGAGAGAGAUUACACAUACAAACAUAACUAGAUGGUUACACACACAAAUGGAGAGGGAGAAACAAACAUUACAAUUUAUCAAUUGAAAACAAUUAACACUUACUUUCUCCUCAUAGAAAUAAAGAGAAAUAUAUCUCAGAGAGUGAGAGACAGCGAGGAAGGGAGCGAGUGAGAGAGAGAAAGAGAGAGACAGAGAGAGAGAGAGAUAAAAACGUCUGAUGCCAAAUAGAUCGUAGUCGUAUUAACAACUUGAAAUAAUCAGUACCAAAACAAUUGUGUCAGGACGUCUUAUACUUGAAUUACUGUGUCGUUAUUGACACAUAUCCAACAUCAACGAUAGCGGAUCGGUAAAACUUGUAGAGCACAGACCAAAUGGUUUGCUGGCGGUAUUUAGCUACCUAACUUCAUAUUUCUGGGCUCGAGUCCGUCUGUGGUUGACUUUGCUUUCCAUUUUUACGUUGUCCAAAAAACAAAAGCCAGUCUCGAUGACAAUCACCAAAAUGGAGAUAUUUCUCCUCUGAUCACUAAAAAUUUACGGUGCUGUGCCACUAAUAGAAAU